AUGGAUCAUUUCCGCGGCUUGUUUGAUAAACUCGACAAGAACGAAGACGGUUUUAUAUCUACGGAGGAGCUGAAGAGUGAAAUGCGAAGGAUUGGUGUGGAACCAGUUUGUGAAAAGGUUCAAGCUAUCUUGUCCAAAUAUGACCAAAAUGAGGAUGGGCGUCUAAGCUAUCAGGAAUUUCUUAUUUACAUGAUGGACAGAGAGAAGAAAUGGAAAAUAGAUUUCCAUGCCCUUGACAGAAAUAAAUGUGGGGCCAUUGACCUGGAGGAUAUAAUCUCUCUGUUUAUGGAAUUAGGUUUGGUCAUAUCAAAACCCAACGCAAAGCGAAUCAUUCAAAUGAUGGAUGAAGACAACUCUAUGACAGUAGACUGGGAGGAAUUCCUCCAGCACAUCAUCAUUAACCCAGCAGAAAACAUUGGAGAGUUGGUAUCUUCCUGGAAACAUAACCUGGUGUUUGAUGUAGGAGAGAGUCGCUCUAUGCCUAUUGAGUUAACCCAGCAAGAGACUGACCUGUCUAUCUGGGGGAACUUUAUAUUGGCCGCAGGAUUGGCAGAUGCUGUGUCUAGAACUGUGACAGCACCAAUAGACCUGCUAAAGACACGACUUCAGGUUUUUGGAUCCAAAGCUGUGUCUCUGGGAUUCCGAGAGCUGCAGACGGGAGGUUUUAGAUCCUUGUGGCAAGGAAAUGCUGUGAAUGUUCUUAAAGGAACACCACAGUCAACGCUUCAGUGCUUCAUCUAUGCCCAGAUGAGGAUGUACACUCUUGGCGACAGGGACAGUCUGUCAGUCCAUCAAAGGUUUGGACUGGGCUGUGUGUCAGGGGCCGUGGCACAUGCUGUGUUCUACCCCUUAGAGGUGUUGAAAGUUGGACUCAAUCUCCAGCCUGCUGGUACCUACAAUGGAGUACUGGGAUGUGCCAGAUUGAUUUACCAGAACGAGUCUGUGUCAGCUUUCUACAGAGGGUUCAAACCUAGCAUACUCUGCAUGAUACCUUAUGCUGGAGUGGAAUGUGCAGUGCAUCAGUCAAUUAUGAGCUGGGCUAGACAGGAUCCAGAGCACUUCAGUGACUCCAAGCUCUUCCUCUUCAGUUUUGCAGCAUUUGCAUCAGGACAGGCCACCAGUUACCCUCUUGCGGUCAUCCGAACACACCAGCAAGCACAAGCUUUCUGUUCAAACUCUCAGAAGCCUACAGAUGCUCUUCAAGGACUCUUUGGAAUCUAUGAGAAAUAUGGAGUCAGAGGUUUUUAUAAUGGAAUGGGUGCUAGUUUUGUAAGAGCAGUUCCUUGUGCUUUACUGAAUUACACCCUGACCUCAAAAUUUGAGACAUUGCUUUCUUCAUUGUUAUAAUGUUGAAUGAUGGUUCAGGAAUGAUGUCACGAACCUUGUGUAUAUUUAUUGUUUUGUAUUCCUUUGAAUUAUGUUAGAUUACAUAUAGUCUUGUGUUACCUGUUAUGGUAACAACUUAUGACUAUGGUAUCAGUAUCACGGUAUCAGUUUUUGAUAUCUGAGCCUUUUAACAAGUAUGAACACUGUAUCUGUAUUGUGCAUCCAUAUUUGAGGCACUGUAUUGGGUUAAUAUAUAUUUAACAGUUUACAAUAUGGUUUUUGCCGUGAAAUGUUAACCAUAUUACCACUCUUCCUGACAUCAAAAAAUCUUUAUUUGCUUGCUGCAGUGAACUUAAUCUCUAUGACACAGGUGUUAAAUUGAAGGGCCAACUCAGACUUUCCUUUUGUAUUUUGCUGUAUUCCCAUAGGCUAUAUUUCCUUGUAGGCUAAGCCCCAUGUUACUAAAUUCCAGCAACACCCUUCCUGAAUGUGUGCGAAUAUUAUUUGUACUGUGUAUAAAACGUGUUACAACUGUACUCAG